AUGGCUUGGAGUAAUAUUGUAUGUCUUGUAGCCAAAAUUGGUGGAUUGGUCCUAAAGGAAGUAAAUAGGGACGUGAGAGUUUUUCAUGGAGCAGCUAGAUGGUAUCAGAUUCCAAGAGGACCCUUGUUCAGAAUUGGCGAAAUAAACAAAGUUCAGUUUCUGCAGCUUGCAAGAAUCAAUGAUGGUUGCCAGAGGAGAUCGCAUCUUAGGUGGAAGACAUGGAUGCACAGGGUGGAGGAAAUUAGCUGA